GGGGCCCGGCCCCGCGGGCGAGCACCGGGGCCCCGAGCGCCCGGCCCAGCCCAGCCCGGCCCGGCGCCGCCUCCGAGCGGCCGGGAGGAGGUGCUAGAGCCCCCUCCCGGUCUCUCCCCGUAGGGCUGGUGAAAUCACUGUCGAAACGGCUUCGGCCCUGAUCCGCUCAAUGGGGUCUCAGGUGCCGCUGGAACCCCGGGGCCGUGAGUCAGGCCCCGUGUUCAGUGCGGUUGCUCCUGAAAUCAUCGAGGACACACUGAUCCACUUGGCCACAGAGAAUGAGCAGUACUUGAGUGAGCUGCCGGAGCAGGCUGGGUACUUCAAAGAGACACGGAUCGUGGAGUUUAUAUUCCUGUUGUCUGAAAAAUGGCACUUGGACCAGUCGACACGGUACCAGGCAGUGGAGUUACUUGAACGGUUUAUGAUCAAGCAGGUAGAACAGAUGUGUGAUGGCAGAGGGAGUGCUAAAGGCCGUGACCAAGGCCAGAGGAGCAGCUGGAGCUCUGUGAGGGAUCAGAUCACCAAAACCUUUGUCCUGAGGCUCGUGUCCUGUGUUCAGCUCGCCAGCAAACUCUCUCUGCACUACAGUAGAGUGACCAGUGACACAGCUUUAACAUUUCUGCAAUCCUUAAAAUACUCCUACACUAAACAGGAAUUGCUGGAGUCGGAGCUGGCUGUUUUAAACACUCUGCACUUCCACAUCAGUGUGUCAACUCCGUUGGCUUACGUGGAAUUGCUUCUGGAGGUUCUAGGAUACAACGGCUGCUUGCUUCCUGCCAAACCCUUGCACCAGCUGUGUGUGCAGCUGCUGGACUUCUGCUACCUGACCAGAGAGACCAUCUAUGACACUUUGCUGAAGAUCGCCAUCGAAAACUCCACACCGAGCAAACUGCAGAUAGCCAAGUUUUUAACAGUGAAGGAAGAUUUCAUGCUCUUGGCUGUUGGAGUCAUCAGUACAGGUGUAUUCAUCCUGAGCCCCGGGCACUGGGAGCAGGUUGUGGAGCAUUUAAACUGCAUCACUGGCAUUACUCCACAAAGCAUCCUGGAGUUCUCCUACGCCGUGGUGAGGUGCAUUGUUGGCAGCACCACACCCGAGCAGCACCGUGGGAACUGUGGGGCCAAAUCUCCCGAGGACAGAAUUCCUCCUCAGAAAUAGAACCAGCCUGUCCAUCCAGAGCUGGCCCAGCAGCAGGAACGGCCACACUGCUGACAACUGUCCCUCCUCUGUGAACUGCCCAGGCACCCAGCAGAGCUCAGGGUUACCCGAAUUCUGGAACA